CGGGCAACAUUUUCCUUCAACUUGUCUCGCAACAUUGUUGCAUCGCCAGUUGAAAUCCGUUGUUGCCCGUAUUACCACGUUUGUGACCAACUAGUCUCGCAGCAAAAUAUAGUGCUGCAAGUUGAGGCGACGUGUUGCGAAAAGUAGACUUGAGUUCUACUUUCUGCAACAAAUUUUAGUUUUGUUGCUCGUAUUACCACUGAAGCUUCAACUUGCCUCGCAACAAGUUUGAAUUCAACGCUUGUGAUUGGCUGUCAGCGGAGCGCGGCUUCGCGGCAAAUUUAAAAGAAAAACAUGGCAGAUGGAGAAGACGAGCUAGAAGCUGUUGAAGUAGACCAGAAACUCUCAGAGAGUCAGAAAUUUGCCCUAUACAAAGAACUCGAGGGCUAUCGUAGCCUUUGGGACACCUCCUAUGUCCCUUCAAAAAACAAGCGGCAAAACAAGCAGCAAAAGGAAAAAUGCCUGGGGGAACUCUCACAAAAAUUCAACUUAUCGCUGGUCUAUCUGAAACGACAGCUUCACAUGGCGAGGACUUCGUUGGCACGGGAAAUUAAGAAGGAAAGUGACGGCCAGAAGUCCAGGUGGAAGUUCUUCGAAACGUUAAGUUAUAUGAAAGAAGAUGUUCUUCGUUCGCUAAGGGCAAAAGAAGAAAGUGAGUGGACGGAGAACGAGACAGAGCAGUUGACAGAGUACUAUAAACAAAAUGACUUCCUAUGGAAUCACAGCCUCUCAUCCUACCGGGACAGAAACUUGAAGGAACUGAGCUACACAAAGCUUUCCAAGCUUCUCCCUGGUAGAAGCCACGACGACAUUAAAAAUUGGUGGAAUGUGCUUAAGAACAUUUUUAACCGAGAGGUCAAAAAAACAAAAGAAGACAGUAAGGUCAGUGGAACCGGUACGGAUGCCGUGUACGCAUCGCAGUGGAAAUAUUUAAAAUCUUUGAUGUUUAUCAAGGGAAGUGACGACGUCGACCCUGCUGUUUCAACACUUUAUCCUACAGAAAAUGAGAGACCGGCAAAGAAAAUUAAAGCUGAGUAGGCGAAAGAUGUUGAAGAGGUAGCUAGAGACGUUCAAUUUAUUGUAAUUUAGGUAAAACGAAGAGCGUCCUUAAAUAACUCUUCCUAUUUCACUAUUCACCUUCACUUUGGUAAGUAAUUGUUAAUUAUUGUUAUUACUAUUGAAUUAGGUAAAACUGGAUCUUUACAAAGAAGCCAUAAAAUGUCUGCAGACCCCUCUGCCACUUGCAAUUGGUCAGCCAAAUGUGGAAAAUCGUAACGAUUCCAUCAGUACCUUUGCAAAAUCGCUCGAGUCUACAUUACGACAGUUUUCUGGUCGCCACCUGGCUAUUGCUAAGAAAAGAAUCAACGAUGUAAUUUUUGAUUUGGAAAUGGAAUGUUUUACUCCACAAUCCACACCUGUAUCUGCAAGCAGUCCUCAGUCCACAGACCUCUUACACCACCCACCGGCAUCAUCAUCUAAUUUCAACAAUGGAACCUUAAACUGGGCUUAUUUGCAUUGACACUUGCACAUUUAUAACCUGGCUAUACAUUUGUAACACAUUU